AUGGAUAUGAGCGGCGGAGAGGACGAGAAAUCAGCACUAGAAAAGUAUGGUGUUGAGCUUACGGAGAAAGCUAAAGCUGGCAAGCUGGAUCCAGUCAUUGGACGGGAUGCCGAGAUUCAUCGAACCAUUCAAAUUCUGUCCAGGCGAACUAAGAACAACCCCGUACUGAUCGGUUCCGCUGGAACCGGUAAGACCGCCGUUCUCGAAGGGCUGGCUCAGCGUAUCGUACAAGGAGAUGUCCCCGAGAGCAUCAAAAACAAACGGGUUGUCUCAUUGGAUCUGGGCUCUCUAAUUGCAGGAGCCAAGUUCCGGGGUGACUUCGAGGAGCGUCUGAAAGCCGUCCUGAAGGAAGUGGAGGAUGCGGAAGGCGGGGUGAUCCUCUUCAUUGACGAGCUUCACACCUUGCUGGGACUUGGCAAGGCUGAGGGCAGCAUUGAUGCUAGUAAUCUCCUCAAGCCUGCUUUGUCGCGAGGCGAGCUUCAAUGCUGUGGUGCCACUACUCUCAAUGAAUAUCGAUUGAUUGAAAAAGAUGUGGCUCUUGCCCGACGGUUCCAGCCUAUUCUGGUGAGCGAGCCGUCGGUCGCCUCGACUAUUUCCAUUCUACGGGGCAUCAAGAACAAAUACGAAGUACACCAUGGUGUCAGAAUUACAGAUGGCGCUUUAGUAGCUGCAGCCACUUACAGCAAUCGCUACAUCACCGAUCGAUUCCUGCCCGACAAAGCGAUUGAUCUUGUCGAUGAAGCUGCAUCGGCUCUUCGCUUGCAACAGGAGUCGAAGCCCGACUCAAUUCGGGAACUUGAACGUGACAUUACUACCAUCCAAAUUGAGCUUGAGUCUCUUCGCAAGGAAACCGAUGUUGCCAGCCGCGAACGGCGAGAGAAGCUUCAAGAAGACCUGAAGACCAAGCAAGCGGAGGCCGGUAAAUUGACCGAGGCCUGGGAAGAGGAGAAGGCCGAAAUUGAUACCAUCAAACGCACCAAGGAGAAUUUAGAACGCGCUCGGUUUGAACUUGAACAAGCUCAACGCGAAGGAAACUUUGCCAAGGCUGGAGAGUUGAGAUACUCUACCAUCCCAGAGCUCGAAGCCAAGCUACCCAAAGAAGGCGCUGAACAGGAUCCUCAUAAUCAAACUCUGAUUCACGACUCAGUUACUGCAGAUGACAUUGGAAACGUCGUUUCUCGGACCACGGGCAUCCCCGUUAACAAGCUCAUGGCUGGAGACGUGGAGAAGCUGAUUCAUAUGGAGGACACUCUCCGAAAAUCAGUCCGCGGACAAGAUGAAGCGCUUUCUGCUGUGGCAAAUGCUGUGCGGAUGCAGAGAGCUGGUCUCAGCGGAGAAAAUCGCCCUAUGGCCUCUUUCAUGUUCCUUGGUCCCACCGGUGUUGGAAAGACUGAGCUCUGCAAGAAGAUGGCCGAGUUCCUUUUCUCCACGGAAACUGCAGUUUUACGGUUUGACAUGAGUGAAUUCCAGGAGAAGCACACAAUCAGUCGACUCAUUGGUUCUCCUGCCGGAUAUGUCGGAUAUGAUGAUGCUGGUCAGCUUACUGAGGCUGUCAGACGGAAGCCUUACGCUGUUCUGCUAUUUGAUGAAUUCGAGAAGGCUCAUCGUGAUAUCUCAGCGCUACUGCUGCAGGUCCUCGAUGAGGGCUUCCUGACAGACGCGCAAGGCCACAAGGUUGAUUUCCGAAACACCCUGAUUGUGUUGACCUCGAAUCUUGGAGCUAGUAUCCUGGUCGGAGCAGACCCCUUGUACCCAAUUAAAGAUGACGCCGGUGAUGCCGAGCUCCCAGAAAAGGUCAAAUCGGCUGUUAUGGAUGUGGUUCAGAGCGCAUACCCACCUGAGUUCAUGAACCGAAUCGAUGAAUUCAUCAUCUUCAGACGCCUGUCCCAGGAUGCUCUCCGGGACAUCGUCGAUAUCAGAAUCAAAGAGCUUCAGGCUAGACUCGAUGACCGCCGUAUGACUCUGCAGGUUGACAAUGAGACCAAGGACUGGCUGUGCGAGAAAGGCUACGACCCCAAAUUUGGUGCCCGGCCUUUGAACCGUCUCAUUGCUAAGGAGAUUGGAAACCGCUUGGCUGAUAAGAUCAUCCGAGGUGAAAUUGUCUCUGGUCAAACUGCCCGAGUUUCUCUUGAUGAGUCUAAGUCUGGCCUUGUGGCUGUAGGCUCGAGGAACGACCCGUGGACAGGUGACCAGGCCAACUCCCACCGUUUCAUCCAAACCCCAUCAUUUCCCUCUCUCAUCCCAUCUCUAAAUACCAAUAUCGAAAUAGGUGGGUCGGUAAGAGCUACCGAUGAUGACUUCGAUGACCAUGUCAUUGCUGCCAUCGACAUGAAGGAUCAUGGAACUGUGGGGUGCUCAUACUACUCAGCCGAAGAAGAAAAGAUGUAUCUGCUAGGUGACAGUCGGUCGGGGGAUAUAGAGACAAUCGACGCUCUGCUUCUCCAGAUAAAACCUACAGUGGUCUUGACACCUCCGCGGGUUGAUCUUAGUUCCCAGAAUCAAGAUCAGAACCUUGCACAAGAAGAUGUUUCUUCUGCCUACCUUCCUUACCAGAUAGACAUUCGUCCAACUUCGGAGUUCAGCUACUCCAAUGCAGAAAGCAAACUUCUUGCUUUAGGGGUUUCAUCUGCGCACGAACAGUGCCUCCGGUUUUUCGUGCCCCAAAAUGGUCUUGCCGGACCGGAAGAAGUGGACCCAGAAGAGAUGGGCUUCACACUCCAAGAAGGAAGACUGCUGCAUAUCUCAAGUUCCGUUGACAUGGAUAACCCCGUGACUAUUGGUUGCGCGGGAGCCAUACUCACUUACCUGCAGCGACGAAGAGCCGCGGCACCUAGCCCCCUCGAAGAAGGGAAUGAGUAUCGGGUUCGAGCACUGCAGAUGUUCAAUCUACGGGAUACGAUGUGGAUCAACAGCAAUACCUUCACCUCUCUCCAGAUUAUCCAGUCGGAGUCACACCCGAAUAUGUUCAAUCAGGGACCUGGGAAAAAGUCUGCUUCAGGCAAAGAGGGUCUUUCGGUCUAUGGGCUCUUCCAACACUUUGCAUACACGCCUCAGGGUAGGGCAAGACUCAAGCAGACAUUUUUCCGUCCAAGCGUGAAUCUAGAUGCGAUUCGUGAACGGCACGAUUUCAUAGGACUAUUCUCCCGCCCUGACAAUCUUGCUUCAUUGGAGAAGAUGACCAAAGCAUUGAAACACAUUAAAAACAUCAGACCUAUCAUGCUCAAUCUUCGCAAGGGAAUUAGUACUGGCAGUGCUAAGGUUACUGGGUUCAAAACUACCGUUUGGGCUACUCUUCUUGCUUUUGCGUUCUACGCUAUCGACAUCAAUGAUGCACUGCGGGAGACCUCGGGCGCGCACAUCCUGACUCUCCGAAGCAAGGCUCUCAGGGUCUUUGAAGCAGCCCAGCUGUACAGAGUUGGUCGUAUGGUUCAAGAAAUUGUCGACAUUGAUAACUCCGAAGAACAAGGAAGAAUGGUGGUGAAGCAAGGAAUUGAUAGAGAGCUUGACAGAAUUAAAGACAGAUACGAUGGUCUCAACAGCCUUCUCAAGCACGUUGCUCUCGACAUUGCCGCAACGAUUCCGGCGACUCUCGACGUCGACGUCAAUGUCAUUUACUUUCCUCAGCUUGGGUUCCAUGUUGCCAUUCCACUCAAUGAGCAUGGUGCUGCGGCGUAUACUAGUGCUGAUGAUGAAUGGGAAUUAAUGUUCAUCACGGAAAAUCGGGCGUAUUUCAAAGACUUCCGCAUGAGAGAGAUGGAUGAGAAGUUGGGAGAUAUAUACGGUAUUAUCUGUGAGAAAGAAAUCGAGAUUGUAUACGACUUAGCGCAGAGGGUUCUUCGAUAUGAGAAUGUGCUCGUCGAUGCCUCUGAUAUUUGUGGAGAUAUUGAUAGCCUUCUUGCUCUCACACAGGGAGCCAGCUUCUAUAAUCUGACCAGACCACGAAUGGUUGAACAAAAUGUGCUCAGAAUCAAGGGUGGCCGGCACAUUCUUCAAGAAUUGACCGUUCCGUCCUAUGUGCCAAAUGACACAUUGCUGAUGGGCGGAAAUGAGUCCGAGAUCAAUGACGCUGUUUCAUCCAUGGAUUCCAAUCCCAGCAUGUUGCUCUUGACUGGACCGAAUUACUCAGGAAAAAGUAUCUAUAUGAAGCAGGUCGCUCUGAUUGUCUACCUAGCCCAGAUUGGGAGCUUUGUCCCUGCAGACAGCGCGGAAUUGGGCAUUACAGACAAAAUCUUGACUAAGAUCAAUACUCAAGAGAGUGUCUCCAAGGCCGAAAGCACAUUUAUGAACGAUUUGCAGCAAAUCUCCCUCUGCCUGAAACAAGUUACGAACCGAAGCUUGCUCAUCAUCGAUGAGUUCGGGACGGGAACUACCGAAAGCAAUGGCAUCGGCCUUGCCUGUGGCAUACUCGAUUAUCUACUGUGCCUCGAGAGGCCCCCUAAAGUCAUUGCAGCAACUCAUUUUCAUGAGAUUUUCGAGAACAACUUCCUCGCUUUGCGGCCUCGACUCUAUCUUGGCUAUAUGGAAGUUCAAGUUUGCGAAGAAACCCAGGCAGCCGAGGACCAGAUUACAUAUCUGUAUAAUUCGAACAGUUUUCGUCCGGGGCGAAGUAGCCAAAGCUUUGGUACCAUGUGCGCGGCAAUGAACGGUAUCGACCCAUCUGUUAUAUCUCGCGCAAACGAGUUUACGUCUCUUUCCGCACGAGGGGAGAACAUUAUUGUGGCCUGUUCGGUUCUAUCUUCAGAGGAGAUGCAAGACCUAGAAGAAGCGAACUCCCUAGUGAGAGAUUUUCUGGAGAUUGAUUUCUCACAAGGUGACUCAGACCAUGUCAAGGCCGUCUUCGAAGGCCUGUUCGAGCGAAAGGAUUUAUUAUUAUGGGGCCAAGCGCAUGGAGGCCAAUGA